UCUAGGCUUGGUUGCAUAUACAGAAGGUGGACUAUCAUCUGAGCUAUGCACAUUUAUGCCAUGAAGCUUACUUUGCUCUUGUGUUUGAUUGGUGGUUUUGAAUCAGGAUGGACAAUUCCACUGGAAAACCUUGAAAAAAUCACACAGGAUUUCUUUCCUAACAGCAGCAUGCUUUUGACAACGUACCUGAGCACCAGCUUUAUCGUAAAUGUUCCAAAGUGUGUUUCUUCCUCUAAGUUUUCUCCAUCCAAAGUAAGAAUAGCAGUAGCCAAACUUCCUGAUGCAUCUACUUUGCCAGGUGUGACAGAUACUGAUGAAAUUUUAAAUCUACGCAAAACACCAGAGGCCAAUCUUUACUUUGCUGGUGAAUUCAAGAGCGUCUCAUGUAGAGUAGCCAGGGACCUGCUGGUAAUGGACAUGGAUGACAGCCAAUAUGAGCUGAUCACAGUUAUAGGCUACCAGGUGGGAGCAGAAUUUUGCCGUCAGACCAAAGGCCCCUUCUGCAAUCAAGCCCUCAAGCCAUCUACAUUUUAUAGAGUGAAUUUCUUCUUUUUGGAUGACAAGUCUGCAAUAAGAGCUCAUACAGAUUGGUCGACCGCAAUACAGACUAGAAACGUGACAAAUCAUGAAUCAGCUGAUGUGAUGUUUGGAGGACGAGCUGGAGGAAUGAUAGUCAUCACCAUUCUGGUCUCUGUUGGUGGGGCUGUCCUAGCGAUUGCCUUAAUUGUAGCAGUGGCUCUCUCAAACAAGAAAUAAUAAUCUGGGCAAGUCAGUAUCACUUCUCUUGUGGACUGGGAGUGAUUACAGAGAUGAUUGAACAGCAAAAUCCAGAGAAUCAGAGAAUGUAUUUCAGUAACAAGCAUUUCAUCAAAGAAUAGACAUGUGGAAGGAUGAGAAACAGCAUUGAAUAAAAUUGUAUGUUUAUAAUUGAUCCCAUAAUGUCUCUACAUAUAGUUUGGUGUUAUGUUAAAUGGAAGGCUUCUGCACACAUUGUAUUUUAGAAAUGUCUGUCUGAAGUAAUGUAUGAUAGCAGCAAACAUGUUAGGAUUGUCAGUUGCUCUUGUGUGAAGUGUGCUUUCUUGAGAAACCUAGGUUUGCUUCCAUGUAAUGUAUGAAAAUAAUAGUAGACAUAU